CCGCGACCGCUGGAGUGGGGGCGCCGAGAUCCGUGGAGCACGUUUCUUUCUCUGCUCCGCUGCCACGCACCAUGGCGAGCCCCGUCCAGCAGCAUCCCCAGUCUGGCGGCGGGAAGCGCAAGGGCAAGGCUCAGUACUUGGAGGCCAAACGUUUUCGUCGCUGCGAGGGCGGCGGGCCCCGGCAGUUGGAACCCGGGCUAAAGGGCAUUCUCAUCACCUGCAACAUGAAGGAGCGCAAGUGCGUAGAGGAGGCCUACAUUCUGCUCAACGAAUACGGAGACGAUUUGUAUGGGCCAGAAAAGUUUGUAGACAAGGAUCAGCAGCCCUGUGGAAGUGAACUCGGAGAUGAUGAUGAUGUGGAGGCUGCCUUGAAGAAAGAAGUUGGUGAGAUUAAGGCAUCUACGGAGAUGAGGCUAAGAAGAUUCCAGUCAGUGGAGAGUGGAGCCAAUAAUGUAGUCUUCAUCAGGACACUUGGGAUAGAACCUGAGAAAUUGGUGCAUCAUAUUCUCCAGGAUAUGUACACAACCAAGAAGAAGAAGACUCGGGCUAUUCUGCGAAUGUUACCCAUCUCAGGCACAUGCAAGGCUUUCUUAGAAGAUAUGAAAAAAUAUGCAGAAACUUUUUUGGAACCCUGGUUUAAAGCUCCAAAUAAAGGGACAUUUCAGAUUGUAUACAAAGCUCGAAAUAACAGUCAUGUGAAUAGAGAAGAAGUUAUCAAAGAAUUGGCAGGAAUAGUUGGAAGUCUCAAUUCGGAAAACAAAGUGGAUCUUACCAAUCCACAGUACACAGUGGUAGUAGAAAUCAUUAAAGCUGUCUGUUGCCUGAGUGUUGUGAAAGAUUACCUGUUGUUUAGAAAGUACAAUCUUCAGGAGGUGGUGAAGAGUACUAAGGACCAGCCGCAAUUUAUCUCCAAGCAGACUGUGCAAACAGGAAAUGGAAAAGAAGCUAAAUUGGAAGCUGAUGGCAGAUCAAAUCAAAAUGACCCAGCAGAAGAAAAAAAUAACCAGAAGGUGGUACUGAAGAGUGAGGAACUGGGGCAGACAAAGCCAGUAUCUGAGGUAUCAAUGGCAAAUGAGGAAGGAGCUAAACCUGAACUUGCAAGUCGAGUCACAGAAGCAUCUGAGUCUAGUGAAAAUGACCUCUCAUAGGAAAAAAAAAUCAUGUGGUGUUGAAGAUGAGUUUUUCAACUGAGAUUCUGUGAACUGUUGGUGGGGUUCCUUAUAAAAUUGUUACUGAAAAUUUUGGUUUUGAACUUCUAGUGCUACAUAACACUGUGCUCACAGUGCUGAACAGUGACCAAGCAGCCCUACUGACAGUUUUCUUAGAUUGUUUCAGCCCUAUCUGGCAGUGUACACUUAGCCCAUGUGCAUUUGGGUGAGUCACGGGAAGCUGAAUAAUUGGGGAACACUCUUAUACAUAGGGGAGUGUGGUAGGAGGAUGACAUUGGCCUCUCCCUCAUGAUUACCUCCCCUCCCCUCCCCUGCACUGCCAACUCACUGAUGGGAGUAAACUAGCUCUGUAAAAUACAAACUUUGAGGAAAUUUUCAUUCUAAUGAAGGAAUUUUUGUGUGUCGCAACUCAGUUGUCUCCUGCCAUUUUGUAGUAAAGUUUGUAAAAACAUGGGUCGGUCAGGUAGGCUAGAAGUGAAUUGUUUUGUGACAUUUUUAUACUUUUUGUGGUUUCUUAUUUAGCUAUUAUGCCCUUUGAUAUAUUUUACUAACAUUAGUUGCAAACAAAUCUGAUGGUCCUGUGCUAUAGUUUUUGAAGGCAGGUAUGGCAUAGAGGAGGACCAUGCUAGGCAUAGAAUACACACAUUUCUGAUAUGGUUAGUGAUGAAGAAUUACAGAUUUCUGAGUUACUGUAGGAUAUUGCUACAACAAGGGACAGAGAGAGAUUCUUACUUUACAAUGAAAGCUACUUCUCAAUGGUUAUGUGGAUUUAUAAUCCAAGCUGUCCUAUUCCAUUGUAUAUUGUCUGUGGAAUGCAACUUGUAAACCUAGCAUUUGGUCCAGCAGUUGUAACUAUAACUCAUAGCCAUUUAAUAAGUAAAGGUGUUGAUUACUUUAAAUGCUUUUUGGAAUAUCAAAACAGUAAAGUUUUUGUUAAAUUACAUUUAGUAAAAAGUUUCAGAGAGCAAAAUAUUUAGUAAUAGAACUUACUCCACAAAAUAAAGUUUCUCAUAGUUGGGAAGAAUCUAACAAUUCCAACAUUGAAUGCUAGGGCAAGAAGUUAAAAAAUUGAAAAUAUUUUACUCUAAGAAAUUGACUUAUGUCAUAUGAUGCUAAAAAGUUUUUUGUCAUUAACUGCAAAGAAGCAGCUUCUCUAUCUGGGUUGAGAGCAACAGAUUUUAUGAAUAUUUAUUGUUUUAUUUAUUUUUUAAUAUUUCAGUUACAAUUGAUAUUCAAUAUUAUGUUAGUUUUAGGCAUAUAGCAUAGUGGCUAGACAUUUAUAUAACAUGAAUAUUUGAAAUGGUGUAGUAUUUGCAAGAUUUAUAAAUGAUGAUGACAUUCAAGAAAAUUUUUCAGCUACUAGGAACUUCUAAAACAAAGACUGAUAUACAUUUAAUGGGUCUUUAUAUCUGAAAACUAAAGGUCUGUCAUCUGUACUCUUAGUGGCCCAUCAGUUGUUGGCUUCAUGACAACUUUCGCCUCAUUUUAAAGGAUAAUCCUAAUGUUGAUGUUAUAGCACACUGCUUUCUUCACAGAGAGGUGCUGAUAUAAAAAACUGGAUGAAAUGAAAGUGUUGGAUAAUGCUACAAAAAUGGUUAGCUCUGUUACCCAUUUAUUCAAUAUAGUUUUUUUUUAAUCCAAAAAAUAAAACGUGAACAAACAGCACAUAACUCUUUUACAUACAGACCCCAGUGGCUUAUUAGAGGGGGAUACUUGAGUUGAAAGGUGAAUUACCAGAGUACUUACAAGAAAAUACUGGGCCAGAUUUUGCUGAAUGCUGUGAAGAUGAAGAAUGGCUAUAAACACUAGUCUAUUUGGCAGACAUUUCUCAUUACAUGAGUAAAUGAACAAGUUUCUGCAGGGUCCUGGAGAAAAUGUUUUUUCUUAGAAGUGACAAGAUUCUUAGAUUAAAAAGACAUGAAGUCUGGGACAAUCACCUUGCCAAAAGAAUUCUUGAAAUGUUUCCAGAGCCACUUGGGCUUGAGAAUCAAGAAAGUAACAAGUCUCAAGCCAUUAAAACUUUUGAAGUAAUUGCAACACCAAAUUAAAUAGCAUUUUCCUUCUUUUCUUACUACUUGUAUAUGACUGGGUGAGGCUGUAGGGGAGCUCAGUCACCUGGGCGAUUUGAUGUUUUGCCAAAAUACGCUACAUGAGGCCUGAUGCAUGAGUGGGCACAUUGUCAUGAUGAAGCUGCCGAUCAGCAGUUGCCCAUAGCUUAUCUGAAUAGUUUGUGCAGAGGAACGUUCAAGCUUAAUGCAAAAUUUGAUGCAGAUUCGUUGCUCUAUUUGCUUGGUCAUUUUGAAUGCGAUAGUCACAUAGAACAUAUGCUCACUCAGUGGUGUCUACUGUCCCCCUGACUAGUACAGUGAAGUCAUUGUUCAGCAUGUGCACUCCAUUUCACUGUCCUUGGCUGUUAGGUUACAGUGAUGUCGUGCAAACCAUUCUCACAAUAAUGGCUGGACUUUUUCUGUACAUUGUACUUAGAAUGUUAACUCUUUUUUAAAAAGAUUUUAUUUCUUUAUAUUUAGAGAGGAAGGGAAGGAGAGAAGGAGAGAAAUAUCAAUGUACGGUUGCCUCUCAUGAGUCCCCUGCUGGGAACUGACCUGCAACCCAGGCAUGUGCCCUGACUGGGAAUCGAACCUCGAUCAUGUGGUUUGCAGGCCCGCACUCAAUCCACUGAGCUGCACCAGCCAGGGCUAGAAUGUUAACUCUUAAUAGGUUAAAGUCAUCUUGAAAGGGUGAUAAGAGCAUUCUAAGUAUCAUUUUGGGGAACACAAUAGGAUUUUGAUGCCUUACAGACUUGCUCCAAGUUAAAGAUUACUUUUAUUUCAAUAGCACAAAACUCUGGGUCUCUGGAAGUAAAAUGGAUUUAACACACAGAACAUAACAGCUCUGCAGAACUGGGUUCCUUUAACUGUAAGAAAGCUCGAACUUUGGUGUAGUAGUUUGUUUUAACCCCUUUUUGCAUUCAUUUGUAUUCCAUAAAACCUGAGUGUGACAAGAGCUGUGCUUCCCCAGCUGUCAAGUGCUGUAUUCUGUUGGAAUCUGAAGUUACUCAGUGAAAGAUUUGUUUUCAAGUUUACCAACUGUUUAUUUUCACUGACAUUUGAGCAUGUUAUUUUAUAAAUGAUGAGUUUCCUGGUUAGAAUUGAAUGCUUUUGGCCCUGGCUGGUGUAGCUCAGUGGGUUGAGCACGGGCCUGCAGUCCGCAAGAUUGUGGUUCAAUUCCCCGGCAGGGCACAUGCCUGGGUUGUAGGCCAGUUCCCAGUAGGGGCCAGUUCCCAGCAGGGGAUGCACCAGAAGCAACCAUACAUUGAUAUUUCUCUCCUCUCCUUCCCUUCUAAAGGUAAAUAAAUAAAAUAAAAAAAAAAAAAGAAUUGAAUGCUUUUGUUUUUCCUUUAAAAAAUCUUGUCAGUUUUAAAAUGUCCACCUCAGUGUUUUGGUUAAGUAAACUUAAUUGUUUUGCUCUAUGGAGGGAAGAGUGUUAAACUUGCUACUUUAAAACAUGUUUCUCUAAGGUAAAACAUGAUUUCUAAAUGUUACUUUUACUUGUAUUGUUUUUGGUAUGGCAAAAUA